AUGGGGCUGGGUGUUAAAAGAACAGAUAAAGAUGAUGGAGAGGAGGAAGGGGAAGAAGAAUUUGAUGAAUUAGACACACAACAGACAUAUCCUUUUCUGACUGUUGGAGAUCAAUUAAUUUUGAAACCUUUAACUCCAGGAGAAUUGAAGGACAUAAUUAAAGGAGCUCCAAAUCCUAGAACGAAUCCUUCUGCAUGUAUUAUGUACUUGAAGAGAAUGUGCCAAGGACAGAAUAUGACACAGAUUGACAUAAAGUUAAUUAUUGAUGGACUAUUAGAUUAUGACUCAGAAUCUGGGUGGGAAUGGAGUAGAGUAACCACUGUCAGUGUUCCACUUGAUGGAACCACA